AGGCGCGGAGCCAUGUCAGCGGUGCCGCGGGGCUGCCCCGGGGCCCCGCGGGGCAGGGCAGGCGAGAAGCAGUGCUCAUGGGCUUCCUACAUGACCAACUCCCCGACGCUGAUCGUGAUGAUCGGGCUGCCUGCGCGGGGCAAGACCUACAUGUCCAAAAAGCUCACCCGCUACCUCAACUGGAUCGGGGUGCCCACCAAAGUGUUUAAUUUAGGGGUGUACCGGCGCGAGGCCGUGAAGUCCUACAAGUCCUACGACUUCUUCAGGCACGACAACAAAGAGGCCAUGGAAAUCCGCAAACGCUGUGCCUUGGUGGCUCUGGAAGAUGUGAAGUCUUAUCUCUUGGAGGAGUGUGGGCAAAUAGCUGUGUUUGAUGCGACCAACACGACUCGGGAACGACGGGACCUGAUCUUAAAUUUUGCCAAGGAAAACUCUUUCAAGGUGUUUUUCGUGGAAUCUGUCUGUGAUGAUCCAGAGGUGAUCGCUGCCAAUAUCCUGGAGGUGAAGGUUUCCAGCCCUGACUACCCAGAGAGGCACCGGGAGAACGUGAUGGAUGAUUUCCUGAAGAGGAUCGAGUGCUACAAGGUCACCUACCAGCCUCUGGACCCGGAUGCUAACGACAAAGAUCUUUCCUUCAUUAAAGUCAUCAAUGUGGGCCAGCGGUUCCUGGUCAACCGAGUCCAGGACUACAUCCAGAGUAAAAUCGUUUAUUACCUGAUGAACAUCCACGUGCAGCCUCGCACCAUCUACCUGUGCCGGCACGGGGAGAGCGAGUACAACCUCGUGGGCAGGAUCGGGGGGGACUCCGGCCUGUCAGCCCGGGGGAAGCAGUUUUCCCAGGCGCUGAAGAAGUUCAUCGAGGAGCAGGAGAUCGUGGACCUGAAGGUGUGGACGAGCCAGCUGAAGAGGACAAUCCAGACAGCCGAGUCCCUGGGCGUGCUGUACGAGCAGUGGAAGAUCCUCAACGAGAUCGAUGCUGGGGUCUGUGAAGAAAUGACCUAUGCAGAAAUUGAAGCCAAGUAUCCAGAGGAGUUUGCCAUGAGGGAUCAGGAGAAAUAUCUUUAUCGUUAUCCUGGGGGGGAGUCCUACCAGGACUUGGUGCAGCGCCUGGAGCCAGUAAUUAUGGAGCUGGAAAGGCAAGGCAAUGUCCUGGUCAUCUCCCACCAGGCAGUUAUGAGGUGUCUCCUGGCUUAUUUUCUUGACAAAAGUGCAGAUGAGCUGCCCUACCUGCGCUGCCCCCUCCACACCAUUCUCAAGCUCACACCUGUUGCCUAUGGCUGCAAAGUGGAGACAAUUACCCUGAAUGUGGAAGCAGUGAACACCCACCGGGACAAACCCUCCCUGAACUCAAAAAUGGCCACUUUAGCAGUGUAAGGGUUCCUGUUUUCCCUUUGGAUCCAGCUGGGAAUUCCAGGGCCAGGAGGAGCCAGGAGCUGAGACUGGAGCAUCCCUGGAGCACCGUGAGCCACGAGCCACCCUGGCCAGUACUUGCCUCAAACUGUGAUUUUAGAGCCUGUCUGUGUCUUUUCUUUCCAAAUGCUGGAAUGUCUGUCCACGGGGCUGGGGAAGAUUUAUUUUGGAGAUUUUUUCCAAGCCGCUUUUAGCGCUCGUAAGCCAACGCAUCCCCGGGUGUUGAAAUAGUGUCCCACGUCUUUCCUCCUGGCCAGGUGCCAAAAUUAACCACAGUGGGAGGACAAAAUAAUCAUGGUUUUACUCGCUGAGGCAGCUUUUCUUUGGAAGAGGCAUUUCCAGGCCAAACCCCCGAGCUUUUAUUUCCCCGCUACCAUUUCCAAGUUAUUUCCAAGUUCAAACUCAAUUUUUUUUUUCUGUUGUUCAGCCAUCCAGGGAGCUCCAGGUAGGGUUUGAUUUUUUUGUUUUUUUUUUUUUUUUUUCCCUUCCGUGAGUGCUGGUGUGAAUCCCCCAGGCUGAGCCAGUUCCUUUGCCCUGGGAAGUUUUGCUUGGAUGUGACACCCAGGUCAGCACAUCCAUCCCAGGGGCUGCCUGCUGUGAGGGGCAGAUGGGAAUAAACCCUCCUGCCCCUCUCUGGGAGCUGCACAGCUCCCAGGGCUUUAAAUCCCACCUCAAGCCCUAUUUUAGCUUCUCAUCCCAACCUAAACUUCAUCCUCUCGCUCGUUUUUCCUGCAUUUUGGGCAUGUUUUAUCCAUUCACUCCAGAAAAUGGGAGCAUGGCUGGGACCAGCAGGGCUCCUGGGCAGGGUCUGCAAGGAAGCACAAGGGUUUUAUCAGUUUUCUUUAUAACACACCAAAUUUGAGGCCCACAACAAGCUUUUAACUUGCUUAUGAAUAUGCUGUGAAUGUUCCCAAUGCUGCCUUUCAUGGUUUUAAGCUGUUGUUAGAGUUUAGAGCACAGGUGGUGCAGCUCUGUGUGGCUGUGUCUUAAAUCCUUAAAUCCCCACCAAACCCCAAAUUUUCAGUUCCCUCCCACAAGUCUUGACUUGUGUUUUGCCAAACUCCAUUUCACCCCACUCCAGCUGUUCUUGCAAUAAGGGCAGGACCCUCAGGUUGGGUGAAGAAAGGAACAUCUGGGUACAGAGCACGAGGCUGUUCUGGACCUGCUGUUCCCAGGUGACUCCAGGAUUUAUCUGAGCAAUUCUGGUCCCCAGAAAUUGCUUAUUUUAAAUGUGUAAAUAAAUGUUGGGUGUACCCACAGCAGGGAAGGUGUGCCCUGGCUGUGAAGGAGCUCAGCAACCCCGGAGCUUGAGGCUUACCUGGGCAUUUUGAGCUCAAACUUGGUUGUUUUAAACACUCCCAGAGCUGUAAUUUCAUAAAACUGAGGACCAAGACACUAAUCUGGACCCCUCAGGAUUUCUGAGAAGCAGAAAAAUGUGUUGAUCUAAAGCAAUUGUGCCACAGAGGAGUGAAAUUUGGUGGUAAGAAAUUGAGUUUUUAUUAGGUUUUCUCCUCAGGUUUUUCCUCCCAGGUCUGAUCUUGGGUUUUGAAUGUUUUUGUGUUUAGAAAUAAACCAGAAAAAAAUUUAAAUAUUGAAGGAAGAGAUUUAGAGCCUGUCCAUGGCAGUCCUCGCUGUCACACUCCAAAGUGCUCUGAAUGCACAAACCCGUCCUGUUCAGGCUGGCAGCUCUGACCAAACCCCUCCUGCUCUGGGGGAAAAAGGAGUGGAAAAUGUACUGUAGGAUGUUUACGCACAAAAAUGCUGGGAUAACUCACUGAAGAGUGCAUUAUGUUCAUAUCACUGAGCAGUAAAUGAUUGUAAGGAGACAAAAAUCUAUAUUUUUACCUGCUGGGAUUUGUGAAUGUCGCUGUUGAUGUGUUGGUGGUCGUGACAUUUCUUUUUUUUUUUUAAAUCACUGCUGAAAAUCAGAUGUUCUGCAGUUUGGAUCGGUGGCUGGGGGUCCCUUUUGUGGCUGUGGGGUGGAAUUUCAUCCUUCUCUGCAGCCUUUGUGCUUCACUGCUUUAAUUAAAGCUUUUUCCUCCUGUGUUUUCACCUUGGGAAGUUUUAAAGCAAACGGGUCUGGAGCAGAGAUUUGGGAGCAGAGACCUGGGAGCAGAUCAUUGCCCUGAGGGUCCUGCUGAGCCCUCGGGGCUGUGGGGCUGAGGUGAUGCCUGUGGGCAUCUCCUGGCAGCUCCCUGUGCCAGGGAUUUCCUUGAAACCACCUGAUCUCCUUGGCACGGGGCGUGCAAACACCCCAGAAUACACAAACGUUGCACAAUGGGGUUUUUUGAGAUGUUUUUGGUGGAACAGCUCAGCAGCAGCUCGUGCUGUCAGUGGGAUCAGUGUCCUGGGCUGGGCAGGUGGAGGUGUGCAGGUGGAUUUUGGAGGUGUGCAGGUGGGUUUUGGAGCUGUGCAGGUGGAUUUUGGAGGUGUGGAUGUGAGCCUGGCACUUUGCUGAGCAUUUCCCCAGGAGUGGGUGGUUCUGUGACCCCCUGGCUUUCUGUGCCUCUGUUCCAAGCAGGUGGUGGUGGCUGCUGUCACCUUCUGUGGGACCUGCCUGUCCCUGUGUGUCACUGCAGAGAUAAAGGAGCACUUGGGCUAAAACUGCUCCAUCUCUGGAAAAAAACUGAAAAAUGGGGGGGAAAGAGGUAAAGCCAGCCUGGCUGCUCUAUGUACACGUGCUGUGACCUCAGAGCUGUCACCUCUGCCAGGUGUCCCCUUCCCAGCUCGGGUGGGUGGCAGGGAAGAGCCUGACCUGGCUGCCAAGGGGCCGAGGAGCAGCUCAGGGAGGAGAGGAGCCAGCCUGGCCAGGGCCACCUGCCUUGAGGGGUGUCCCCAAGUCUCAGCCCGUGUCCCUUUGAGGGGCUCUGGGUGAGCAGAGCCAGUGCCACCCCUGCUGUCCCCUGCUGUCCCCCCUGUCCCUGGGUGCUGUUUGCAGCUGCAGCUCUGGCUGCAGUGUUUGGUGAGAGGGACCUUACCCAGCUGCUUGUAAACUUCCCUGUUCUGCUGCCUUCUAAGUGGUUUUUGUUUUUAGGUUUAAAAUGCUGCAGUGU